AUGGACUUGGCGGGAGAAACUUCAAGUCACCAGGAGACCAGUUCAUCCUCUGUAUCAGUAGAUUGGGCAGCAGCUUUCAAGUUACCAGAGUUUUCCUCUGGUCUUCAAUCUGCUGUGGCCGAGGUCAUCGCGAAAAUGAUUGGUGCACAUGCAUCCACUGAAACACAAGUUGUGGCAUUGGAGCAGUUGGAUGAAGUUUGUCCCACAGUGAUGGUAAGCGUGUCAGGUAUGCAAACACCAGGUGAAGGUACGUUAACUGCUCCUUCUUUUGUUUGGAUUUCUGGGUCGACGUUGACACAAUCAAGUACAAUUGCACAAUUUAGUAAAGCCAAAUGUCCAACAGUUACACCGAAUCCCUCAAUCAAGACUUUAUCCUGGGACCUGUCCCUGCAAGGCUCAUUGCACAGAUAUUGGCGUAUAAGUUUGUCGAGAUGUCAGAUCUCAUCCCAGAAAAUUUAGCCCUGACCCCAGAGGUACCACCCUCCUUUAGCAAUGAAGGUCGCUCGAUUGUGCCCACAACGACAACUUCGUCACACAAAAAGAAUGAGGUAAGAGAUAUUCUUACAUGGGUAGUGUGCUUCAAUAGCUACAUAGCUAUAAUCACAGUGUCUCAGCCUAAAGGAACACAGGAUUUACUCAUGUAUAUGGCCAUAAUAAUACGCAUCACAAAGUAAUUCCCCGGACAGUAUUGGUUUAAUUAUGAUCGAUUAUGAUUGACUUGGAAGCUGCUGCAUCCAAUUCAAAGAAUUAGAGCCAAAUUCAUGCAGAUUUGUAUUAUUACCAUACCUCGGUAGAGGUCAAACCCACACAACCACAUUCACAAAAUUGCGAACCUUGUGGUGGUUAAAAUUCAAUGAUUCGCUGCAAAUCAUGGAAUUCAGGCGCAUGUAGCAGUCAACAUGCUUUUUGUAGAUUUUGCCAUAAAUGCGAUCGAAACAGGUUCGGCGCAGAAUCAAAUGCACAGAAUUCGCACAUAAACAAGGGCAUAGUCCUGGAGAUGAAUCAAGCUGUAGGCGACAGGUGAAAUGCGAUUAGAAUAGACAGUGUAGUUGAUAACAAUAUUUUUUCCUGUUUAGUUGUACAAAACAAUUUUAAUCCUCCAGACGUGUGGUCAGUUACCCCAAUUAAUGUAGACAAUUUGACAUUACCAUUAUGUAGUCAUCCGGAUCAACAAAAAGUUGACUAUGUUUUAAGUGGUUUACAUCAUGGAUGUUGGCUUGGGUUUCACCAGGAGUUGACAAAAUCUGAAAUUAGUCAAGGCGAACUGUCCCUCUGUGCUCAAACAGCCCUCCAUAAUUGA